GUUGAAGAGGCGAGUGAAUUACUUUUGUUAGACCUGCACUGUACUUCGAGGAUCGUUUUGAAGCUUUUUUCCUCUUUAACAUGCCUGCUCUGUAGCAGGGGGAGAGGCAUGAAGUCUGUUUUGUUGCUGAUUUGUGGCUGAUAGACAUCUUCAAAUAGCAGAGAGAGAGAUAGAGACAGGUUGACGUGCAGAGUGGUUAGAGAAGCUGCUUUUAGGCGUGGAGUUUAGUCGAUGACUAGUAGGUGGGCAGCCUUCACCCCCAGCAGCUCUCUGUCUCGUGCCCAGUGUCGCUUCCCUGGGCACAGAAACACAUAGAGGACACAGAGGAGGAGAAGGAGGAGGAGGAGGAGGAGGAGGAGGAGCAGGGUCAACCAUGGAGCUGUAGAGACACGCUCAGAUGCCCGUGGGAACACCAGUGGAGGAGGAGUGCCGCCGCGGAGAAGAGCUCUGCAAUGAACAAGACCAAGAGGAAACCCAACGUGGAGAGCUCUGGUGUGCUAAAGAGCAGAAAGCUGGUCCAGCGGAGGAGGAAUACAUGUCCCAGUCCUCAGGACAUCAGCCGGGCCCUGCAGAGCCCCAGCUCUGCUCCCAGCGCCAGUGCUGCCAGUCUGGAUGAGCUCAUACAUCGCUGCCUAAACUGCUUUGAUUUAGAGGGGAAGCAUUCCAGCCCCAGAGGGUCCCAGCUGGUCCACAUGACCCUGAUGAUGCACAGUUGGGUCGUGCCAUCUCAGACGUUCGCCCAGAAACUUCUCACUCUCUAUAAGGAUUGUCCCUCGGAUAGGAGAGGACUGAGACGGGCACAGAUCUGCCAUCUUGUCAGGCAGUGGAUCAGCCAGUUCCCAGCGGUAUUUGAGGCAGACCCCCUCCUUGAGCAGACCAUGGGGGACCUGUGGGCACUGGUCCGGUCAGACAGAGAGGAGACGCACUCGCAGCUCAUCGACACCUCCUGUCUAAACCCUCAUGCAAACAUAUCCCAGGCACCCUCGCCCUCUGUGAAGAAGAGGAAGGUGUCUUUGAUCUUCGACCACAUGGAGCCAGAUGAGAUGGCUGAGCAUCUCAGCUACCUGGAGUUCAAGAACUUCUGUACCGUUUCAUUCCUGGACUACCGCAGCUACGUGGUGCGAGGCUCAGUGAGAGACAACCCUGCUCUGGAGCGCUCAGUCAUGAUGUGUAACGGAGUCUCCCAGUGGGUCCAGCUGAUGAUCCUCAGCAGACACACGGCCCAGCAGAGAGCGCAGGUCUUCACCAAGUUCAUUCAUGUGGCUCAGAAACUUCGAGCUCUGCAAAACUUUAACACUCUAAUGGCGGUAACUGGAGGCCUCUGUCACAGCUCAAUCUCCCGCCUAAAAGACACAGCAAACCUGCUGACACCUGACAUCACUAAGGCCCUGAGCGAGAUGACAGAGCUUCUCUCCUCGAGGAGCAACUACAGCAACUACCGGCGGGUUUACAUCGAGUGCAGCGGCUUCAAAGUGCCCAUCCUGGGUGUGCAUCUGAAAGAUCUGAUCUCGCUGAACGAGGCCCUGCCAGACUACUUAGACGAGGACAAGAUCAACCUGGGCAAGCUGCAACACCUGUACAGCAACAUCAACGACCUGCUGGCCAUUCACAGCUGCACACCACCGUUCGAGGCCAACAAAGACCUUCUGCACCUGCUCACGCUCUCUCUAGAUCUAUACUACACUGAGGAUGAGAUAUAUGAACUUUCAUACGCCAAGGAACCCAAAAAUCCCAAGAUCCAGCCUGUAGCACCAGUUAAGUCACCCGUAGUGGCUGAGUGGGGUUCGGGGGUCACACCUCGGCUCGACCCCGACACCAUAUCCAAACACGUCAAACAGAUGGUGGAUUCCAUAAUGAAAAACUACGACCAGAACCAGGACGGCUACAUUUCACUGGAAGAUUUUGAGAAAAUAGCAGCCAACUUCCCCUUUUCCUUCUGCACUCACGAAACUGACAGGCAGGGACAAAUCAGCCGUGAAGAAAUCACCUCUUACUUUAUGCGGGGAAUGUCUAUAUGUGCUAAGCUGGGCUACAACUUCCAUGACGCGCAUAACUUCCAUGAAACCACCUAUAAACGGCCCACUUUCUGUGACACUUGUGGAGGCUUUCUAUGGGGAGUCAUCAAACAAGGCUAUCACUGUAAAGACUGUGGCAUGAACUGUCACAGGCACUGUAGGGAUCUAGUGGGAAUGGAGUGCUUGAAGAAACACAAAAACACAACCGGGUCCUGCCCGUGCACCCCUGCGCCCGAGUCAAGAAGCAAGAACAGUUGGAGUUCAGAGGAUGAGACCUUUGUUUUCCCCCAAAGUAACGAGUCAGAACACAACAAGGGCACUUCCAUUUGGAAAAAUUACACCGAUGACUCAACGCUGUCGCACCGCUCCACUCAGACAGAUCCUGGAGUAUGGACACCUGAGAAAAAGGACAAGAGGGGAUACAUCCACAACUCUCUUGUACACUCAUCCCCAGAAAGAAGGGUCAACACGCUGCCACACAGAGCUCGAGGCUGCUCCAUGCCUGUGCCUGUUUCCUUCCUGCAGGAGAAGAUGGAGGAGCUGCAUCUCUACAAAGACAAGAGCAGAGAGCCAGACUGACCCCAAUAUCACAUUAAGAAGCCCCCCCCCCCUCCACUUCCCCCCUCAACCCCCCACAGACAAUGGACAAAAUAUCCAGAUACCACCAUGUUUCUGACCAAGAUAUGUCAGACUGGUGUUGAACUGAUGAGGUCUUCUGGACAUUCACUUUUUGAACGCCAGCAAUGAUUUAACGGACUCCUUCGUGUUUCAAGUAUGGUCGUGUCACGUUUUUUGAUUUUAUUUUUUUGUCAGCCUUAUUAAUCGGACGUGUUAUUUAGGCUUCAAACAUCGGAUUUCCUACCGUAAUUUAUGUACACCUCAUUUGUCUCUAGAGCAAGUGCCUUUGGUUCUCUGGUGCUAAGAUCCUUCACAACCUCAAAACCCUGUCGUUUAUUUUGUCAACGACCUACAGAAGAUGUAGGCAUAAGGAUUUCCUGAUCUUAAAUAUACACAUAUAUAAUAAAUUAUCCAGGGUAGGAAAUUAACACUAACCACCUCCAAAAAAAUAUUGAUAACUUUGCCAGCUAUAUUUUAAAACUCUGCUCACAAAUUUGGGAACCAGCGUAAAAUUGUAAUUUGUUUGGCUUAGAAAUGGAUGAUAUGAUGUUAUGUUAUAUACAGUAUGCACCAUUUUUCAAGAAGUAGAUAUUACUAUACAAUUUAUAAGGGAUCUGUGCCUUUAAUAUCUCUUGUUGUAUUAAGCAAUGACAAUGUUGCAAAACAUUGAGCACGGCUUCUUUGUUGCAAUAUUGGAUUUACUGGAAUUUUCCAUUUAUGUGAUGAGCUACCUUAAAUUGUGAAGAAUUUAAUUAGGCCUUUACUUUCAAUUCAUUUCCAGGAACAAUUAUUAAGCCUAAAUCACUGAUCUCUUCUUUGGCUGGUCAAGUUAAAUUCAUCUACCACUGUGACUCACAGUGAAAACAGUUUAUUUCCUGCCCUGACAACAUUUUUGACUUGUAAAUGUUUCCAAAAGUUCACUCACGGUUCAGCAGGACUGCACUGAAACUGUACUUAUGCUCCAAAAUUGGCAAUUAUUUUUUAGAAAACAUGUUUUUGUGUUGUUGUUGUUGUUUUUUCUUUGUCCACGAUUUCAAUCUAGUUUUUACAAAAAAGAAGAAGAGAGAAAUACACCAACAGUGACAAAUCA